AUGGCGCGUCCAGAAUCCGGCGGCGUCGUUGACCCAGCCGCCCGCGACAAAUAUCUCCUCCAAGUAACCGCCGGACCCUCCUACGACACAUCGACACACCGGGAAGUCACAGUCAACGGCACAGAUGCCCACAUGAUCGAAAACGAUGUCAUGACAUGCUGGCUCAAAGUCCGGAUACGCGACUACCACGGUCUACCCCGCGGAUCACCCUCCACCUCCAAUUACUUCGAACACCCCCUGCACACGUCGGAUCGCUAUUCCAUAGGCUUCUCCUUCAUCCCAAAGAAGGAUAUCAAGGGCAACGACCUCGUCACGGGAUUCGACUUCGACCACUCGAUAAAAGAUAGAUUACCGCCCGGGUUUCGCUACGCGAUGAAGAUCGUCACCACCAUCCUAGACCCAGGCAUCUACUCGGACCCGUACUCAGACAAGCCGUAUCUCUACGGCCCAGGCCUCUCCUCGUUCUUCUCCUUCCGGAUCGGCGAGCACACCUCCGAGGCGUCCCCAGACGAGCAGCUCGCAGUCCACGACUCCGACUUCCGCGGCGUGAUCGAGGAAGGCGCCGACGGCAGCGGGCAGCGCAUCCGCGCGGACCAGCAAAUCCCCGCCAAGACGUCCAAGCGGCGGAAAAACUUCCUCAGCCCCAACAAGCUGGAGAACUUCACUUUUGAAGCUGGGAGAAUGUACCAGGCAGAUUUCUUCAACCCGUAUCUGGACUUCGCGAACUUCGCGCUCAGGAUACCCGGGUUCUCGAUUUCGGUGGUGCGCUAUAUCGACGAUAAGACGCACCAGCUGCGGUUUGUGCUUAAGAAUAGAAGCACGGAGGAGGUGCUGUUCGUUGUUAUCUUCACGUUGCUGUACGGACAGAAGCUCGAGGAUGUAUUGGAAAAGCGGGACCGGAUGGAUGAGAGGGAGGCACAGUCUACGCCUAGCGGGUCAGAAACGCCUGAAUCGCUCUCACGGCCGCAAACGUCCUCUUCCAACGAGACACCUGCGGCUUCUUCUCGGUCGACUCCGUCGUCUUCAGCUCCUGAAUCGGAUGUUGAGGAUGCGGACCGCGAGACGAGGGCAGAGAGAGCUACAACCGCAUCGAUGCUGGCGAAUUCGAUCUACUCAGGAUUUGCGGCACUGGGCUUUGGCAGGAAGAGGAAGGAGCCAAGGAAGACGUUAGAUGAUAAGGUGGAUGAACUGGACGAGGUGAAAAUGGGGGAGUAUUUGAAGGCGAAGUCGGCUCAUGCGUAAUAAGGGGCCGAUCGUUCUCACUGGGUUUUGGAUAGACUAGGCUAAGAGGCAUGAGAGUAAAGUGGGCAUGAGCAGUUGCAU